GGAAGCGGGCUCCCAUUCUGAUCAAAAAGGAGUUUGUGGAGUCGAUGAAGGACGGCUCUGUGGUGGUGGAUCUGGCUUCAGAGGCAGGUGGCAACAUUGAGACCACCAAACCUGGAGAGCUGUACGUUCACAAGGGAGUGACACACAUUGGCUACACAGACCUGCCCAGCCGCAUGGCCACCCAGGCCAGCACUCUAUAUUCCAACAACGUACUGAAGCUGCUAAAAGCCAUCAGCCCAGACAAGGAGUACUUCCACUAUGAACCCAAAGACGAGUUUGACUAUGGAACACUUGACCAUGUCAUCCGUGGGACUCUUGUUAUGAAGGAAGGCAAGAACAUUUUCCCGUCCCCCCUCCCCAAAACAGCUCCCCCAGCACCGGUGAAACAGAAAACAGUCGCAGAGUUGGAGGCUGAGAAGGCGUCGGAGAUCUCCCCCUUCACACGCACAAUGACCUCUGCUGGCAUCUACACCGGAGGUGUUUCAACCUGCCUCGCUCUGGGCAUCAUCUCUCCCAACGCCGCCUUCACUCAGAUGGUCACCACCUUCGGCUUGGCUGGGAUUGUGGGAUACCACACUGUGUGGGGCGUGACCCCCGCUCUGCACUCACCCCUCAUGUCGGUCACCAAUGCCAUCUCAGGCUUGACAGCAGUUGGAGGUCUGGUGCUGAUGGGUGGAGGUCUUACACCCUCCUCCCUGCCUGAGAGUCUCGCUCUUGCUGCAGCCUUUGUUUCCUCCAUCAACAUUGCAGGUGGUUUCCUGAUCACACAGAGAAUGUUGGACAUGUUCAAGCGUCCCACUGACCCUCCUGAGUACAACUACCUGUACCUGCUGCCUGGGUCUGCGUUUGUCGGAGGAUACGGAGCCUCAGUGUACGCCGGAUACAACAUCGAGCAG